AUGCAGGUGACAAAAUUGGCAGCGCAACAACUUGUAGUUACGUUAAACCGUAAGUAUUAUCUCCGCGGCGACGACUGGGUACACGAUUGGCGCCCAUGCGGCGUGGUAGGUAUUCAAUGUCGACAACGGAAGACACCAGGAAAGGUCACGUCGAAUUCGAGAACGGGCAACACAAUUUUCACGUCGCCGAUACUCCGCGCGAUGUUUAAUGGCGACGGCCACCGAACAAAACACGUGCACACAAAACACAAGACCAACGGUGCCGUUGCAAAGGUUGCGGCCGACAAGUACACCUGGUACAACGUGCCACGGGUGAUCGACGGAGGGUCACUGACUUGA